AGGCUCCUGAAACAGGCUCACUCACAGACCAUAGACAUUCUGUAGCUCGCGCAGCUGGGACACAUCCGCUGACAAAACAUACACUGAUUUCUGAAUGUGAAACAGAAAGGUGUUGGCAAGUAAUGUGCAGUAAAUGCCUGCACAUCCACUCAGACAGAUGAAGAAAAGCUUCGUAGUGAAUGCACAGAGUGUCUCCUGGAUAUUGCAAGGAUGUAUCAAAUUGUACCAGCGACAGUUGGGGAUAUUGGCCUUAGUGGCAUGCGCGAAUACACACCACCAAAGAAAAGAGUGGAUCGGGGUGGACAUCGACUGAUCGCGUCAAGCUUGUUUGGGGCAGUGCUAGUCAUUGCAGCUGUGGUAGCUUGGUGCUAUUAUUCCAUGUCUCUCCGCAAGGCAGAUCUGCUGAAGACAGAACUGCUAGACCUCAACAAAGAUGGCUUUGUCAUUCGCAACCAAACUGGAGCCAUCAUCUUCCGAAUGGCAUUUAGGUCAGGUUCCCUUGAUCUGGACUCUUGCUCAAAGGAAGGUACAAUUCUCAGUUGCAGCCGAUCCAGUGGAGGAAAGCUUAAUUUCUUCAUUGAAACUGUGAGACCCAAGGACACAGUGAUGUGUUACCGUGUGCGCUGGGAGGAGCUUGAUGUGUACCGUGCUGUAGAACAUGCCAUGGCCUAUAAUGGCUCUCACUGGUACGGUGGGGCAGAGUCCAGGUCUCAGCACUGGCCAAUUGUUUUUGUGGGAAUUCAGGAACCCAAACCUUUCAUUACUAGUGAUGUCAAUUCGAUUCAGCAAGACUUUGGGGGCAUUCUGGAGCGCUACUGGCUCUCCUCCAGUGCAACUGCUAUCAAAAUCAAUGACUCAGUCCCUUUCCAUCUUGGCUGGGAUGAUAACAGCAAGAUGCUGCGAUUCCAGUCACGGUAUGACAACAGUCCAUAUAAGCCAGACCCUGCACAGCCGGUCCAUGCUGAACUGAGCUACCGUGUUUGUGUUGGGUACGAUGUUACUUCCAUACAUAAAUACAUGGUUCGUCGUUAUUUUAACAAACCCAAUAAAGUUCCUUCAGAGGCUGUUUUUAGGUGGCCAAUUUGGUCCACGUGGGCCUUGCACAAGACUGAAGUGAAUCAAGAGAAGCUGCUGGCCUAUGCAUCUGAGAUUCAAGCACAUGGCUUUAACUGCAGUCAUCUGGAGCUGGAUGAUCGGUAUACGACAGGCUAUGGAGAGUUCGAGUUUGAUCCAGUCAAGUUCCCCAAUGCAACUCAUAUGUUCCAGAAACUUAGAAAUGAUAGGUUUGUAGUCACCCUCUGGACCCAUCCCUUUGUCAACUACAACUCCACUAACUUUGGAGUUGGAGUGGAAAGAGGGCUUUUUGUGCGAGAACCUACUGGCGAGUUACCUGCUUUGAUCCGGUGGUGGAAUGGUAUUGGUGGUAUUUUGGAUUUCACCAAUCCAGAAACUCGUGAGUGGUAUGCCUCACACCUCCGUGCUUUAAAGAACAAAUAUGCGAUUGCUUCCUUUAAGUUUGAUGCUGGGGAGACCAGCUACCUUCCCCUGCAAUUUAGAACCUUCAUGCCCCUGCAUGAUCCCAGCAUAUUCACUCGCCGCUACAGUGAGAUGGCAAUACCCUUCAACGACCGCGCAGAACUGCGUGCUGGGUACCAAUCCCAGAACAUCUCCUGCUUCUUCCGGAUCACUGACCGUGACUCGGUCUGGGGCUACGACCUGGGGCUCAAGUCGAUCAUCCCUACUGUGCUAACUGUUAGCAUUCUGGGUUACCAGUUUGUUCUCCCGGACAUGAUCGGUGGAAACGCUUAUCCAAACCGCACUGAAGGAAGUCAGGGACUCCCUGACCGGGAGCUCUACAUCCGCUGGCUGGAACUGUUAGCGUUCAUGCCAGCUAUGGAGUUCUCAAUCCCACCAUGGCUGUAUGAUGAUGAGGUUGUAGAGAUUGCUAGGAAGUUUACAAAGCUUCAUGAGACCCUGGUGGCUCCUCGAGUGCUUGAACUUGCUGGAGAAGUGUUGGACACUGGAGAUCCUAUCAUUCGCCCUCUGUGGUGGAUUGCUACAGAUGAUGAAGCUGCCUACAAGAUCGAUUCACAGUUUCUCAUAGGGGACGACCUUAUGGUGGCACCAGUUCUUGAGCCAGGGAAGCAGGAGAGAGAUAUUUACCUCCCAGCUGGCAGAUGGAGGAGCUACAAGGGCGAACAUUUUGACAAAGGGCCGAUACAUCUUACUGACUACCCUGUGGACUUGGAUGAGAUUGCCUACUUUGUGUGGAUAUGAACUUAAAAGGGAAGUGUUUGCACACAACAGACCCAAGUAUCUAUUGCAAUUCCACUGAACAAGCAUUUAUGCACAGUUUGUUUUUUCUCACAUCCGUGUGCCUUGUAAUUGGUAUGCCACUGUAACCAGCAUAUGCAAUAUUAUAUUUGAUUGUUUUCUAUUGGUUAAACACAUUUUGUACAUUGUAUACCUCAUUCAUUGUAAACAAAUGUUUAGAAAUGGAGGCAGGGAAUGUUGAAGCUACCAUUUCUGAUUUUACCUAUUUAGAGAAAUACAUGCAUUGUCUUUUGUCCUUUUAAGGCUGAUGUUCUAUCACAUACUCCCAAUAGUCCUAGAAUGGUGGAAAUGUUUUAACUAGAUAUUAGAAAGGAAGCUACAAAAUGGAGAGGGACAAAUUCCAUUAUCACAGGAAAAGUGAAUGUUGUAGUGAAACACUGGAAGCAUAUCACUACCUGGUUUGACAAAAAGCACAUAAGGAAACCUUGGACCUCAGUUAAUUGGAAACAGAAGUGAAUUUUGAAGUCUGUUCUCUUUAGUACUCUUGAAAAUGCUCAAAAACUACUGACGAUGCCAUAUGGAAGGCGACUAUUCUGAAACUGCAAUAAAGACACAGGAUUUUUGUACUUGU